AUGCUUCUGAGAAAGAGGAGUUCUCUAAGCAAGGAACUGAGGCGCCUUGACUUCCUGAUUCGAUUAGGGAUUAAGAGUUGCAAGGACAUAGGAUUCAGUUAUUUGUGCGAAAAUCAUAGUAAGCACGAUGAAAACUGACGGAGGGAUUCGCCGAACUACCAAGUUAAACCAGCCGCUUGGCUACGUUUCGCGUCGGUUCAGCAUGCGUUCGCGGCGAUAUAAGAAGCUCGCGUCGAAUUCUAAAGAAGAAGUUUGUGAAUCGCUCUCAACAAAGUCAAAUUCUCUGGAACGAAACACACGAGCCGCAUCGACAGAAGAUUUCGACGAGUUCGCCAUUAAUCACUUCAAAGGAUCGCGUGAAACGGCGGCAAAAUUUAACGCAGCUGUUGAUGAGGUAGAUGAAAGAUUUGAAGAAGAGAAAGAAACAUUGCCUGUGCGUUGCAGAAGGCACGCUAUUUGUGAAGAAAUGGAGAGGAAUAUUUUGAACGAAGCGGGAGUAAGUCUCCGAGGCUACCGAGAGCUACUUGUUACGCGUCGUUUACUGUUCGAGAUGCACCUGCUGUAG